GUGCAUGUGUUUUUGCGUGUGUUGUGUGUGUGUGUGUUGUAUAAAUGAGUUGUGUGAGUGUACGAACAAAAAAAAACAUUUCCUUUUUCCUUUCUGUUUGAUUGGUGUGUGUGUGUGUGACUUGUUUCUUUUUUUUGGUCAAUUUUUUUUUGUUUAUGAAUUUAAUCAAACAACCAGUACUUUGGGCAGCUAGGUCCAUAUUUCGUAAUCGUUUUCAUAGUGAGACAAUUUCUGAACAACACGCUACAAUGGAUGUUCAUGUCGUAUCGGCAUUAGUGGACAAUUAUAUGUAUCUGAUUGUUGAUAAACAAAGUGGUGAUGCUGCAGUUGUUGAUCCAGUUGAACCGGAGAAAGUUAUGGAUUUAAUACAAUCAAUUGAUAAUAGUAAUCGAAUUAAUAUUCGUACCAUACUUGCUACACACCAUCAUUGGGAUCAUUCAGGUGGUAAUCAUAAAAUGUUACAAUUAAUUCCUGGAUCAUCCGAAAUAUCUGUUGUUGGCGGUGAUGAUCGUAUAGAUGCUAUUAAUCAUCGGGUAAAAAAUGGUGAUAAAUUAUCAUUAGGUCGCUUGUGUAUUGAAUGUCUUCAUACACCAUGUCAUACAAGUGGUCAUGUUUGUUAUAAAGUUUCGUGUGAUAAUGAAAUUUCCAUUUUUACUGGCGAUACACUAUUCGUUGGUGGUUGUGGUAAAUUUUUCGAAGGAACCGCUCAACAAAUGUAUGAUGCAUUGAUUAAAACGCUUGGUUCAUUACCCGAUCAUUCGAAAAUAUAUUGUGGCCAUGAAUAUACACUAAGUAAUCUGAAAUUUGCUAAACACGUUGAACCGAACAAUGGUGAUAUUGAUGAAAAAAUUCGUUUCGCUGAAGAAUGUCGCCAUCAAAAACGGCCAACAAUACCAUCGACAAUUGGUGAUGAACGACGAUAUAAUCCAUUUAUGCGUGUUGAAUCCACAUCUGUGCAACAACAUGUCAAAAAAGAUGAUCCAAUCAAAGUGAUGGCCGCAUUACGUGAAGAAAAAAAUAAUUUUAAAACAAAAUAAGCAUAAUAAUAAUGAAAUGAUGAUGAUGAUUUGA